AUUAAGACAUGCAUUGGUUGGGUAGUCUCAAUACAUGGUAACGCGCGGAGUCACUAUCAGAGCUCGUAGUUUAAAUCAGAAUUAUAGAACCGCUGUUAAGGACAAAAGCUAUCUAGAUCUGAGAUUGUAAGGAAGACGUUCAAAAAUCAAUUGGUGUUUGUAGAAAUAGCGCCACCUAACGGAAAAUCUAACACUGAGAAGUGGACUUAGAUAGCUAACGUACGGAUUACGGAGCGCGGGUUUUAAUGCCCGGGGGUCCGAGUGAUGGAUGCCCCUCCCUAACUCUUCCACCCACCUAUAAGGAGGAUGUAGCAAACGCGCUGCAGCAUAGAGGUGACCUUCUGUGUGCAACGUAACGUGCAUUACCUUAUUUGGAUACUUUCUGUGGCGUGAGGACUUGCCGUUAUGAGCGGGGUGACACUUCCCGCCAUCCCGGGGGCAUACCCCUCGUCUGUCAGGUCUCUUCCCCUGGGGCUCGGUCUCGGAAAUAACCAUGGUUCCCGACCCUCUAGCAGCGGGAGCGGAAGCACAUCAUUUACCCUUGCUCCCCAUGUCUACUAUGACAACUGUCUGUUCCGGAGCCCCUCCCGGACUGGGACCUCCAGGUCUGUGACAAAGUUUCCAUCGUUACGACCAGGACGGAAUUCACACGGAAACAAUGACGUCAGAUCCAGGUAUUCUGCAAAAUACAGGAGCACUCCUGAUAUGAGACAGAGGCUGAGCGCGAACUCGCCUUUCUUACCUAAGACAGCUACAGAGGACUGCCUGAAAUGUUUGCUGAAGGUUCCACACAAAAAGUGCGAAUCGCACAAGUAUAUUCGAGUAGGAGGUGGCUAUCGCCAUGGUUACUGGUACGUCAAAUGCCUACUGGAGGAGCUGGAGCUACAGCGUCAACGAGAACUCAUCAUGAAACAGCGGCUGGAAUCUAUCAGAGAAAAACAAAUGAAAGCCAUCAAGACAUACAUCCGUACAAAAAGCGGUCGAAUUGUAGAGAAGAUCAUUUUCUUGUCUGAAGAAGAUUACGAAGCUUUCAAAGAGGGAAAGAAUGUCGAGGAACUAUUAAAAAAGUAUUUGUCGAAAGACGAGGCAAAGGGUCUGCAGUCUUGGGACAAAGAUGAGGUGAAAGCGAUCAAAACAAUGGUGCGAACAAAGAGUGGUAGACUUGUUGAAAAGCUUGUGUAUGUGUCUAAAGAAGAUUACGACGCCAUUACAGCAGGCAAAGUAGAUGCCAAAGAACUGUUGAAGAAGUAUGCAAAGGAUGGUGAGGUGAUAGAAGGCUGGAAGGAGGCAGCCAUGAAGACAAUAAAGACAUAUGUUAGAACAAAAAGCGGGAGAAUUAUAGAAAAGACAAUUAUGAUUUCUCAAGAAGACUAUGAUGCCAUGAUCAAAGAAGGCAAAAAUCCAGACGACAUUCUCAAAAAAUACAUAACCCUUGAAGAGGGUCAACAAUUAGAGUCGUGGAAAAGUGCCGAACCGAUGAAGGCAAUCAAAACAAAAAUUCGAACGAAAAGUGGAAGGAUCAUCGAAAAGACAAUAUAUGUAUCUGCUGAUGAUUACGAUAAAAUGAUGCAAGGAGGCGGAGAUCCAAACGAUAUUUUGAAAAAAUAUAUGGGCGAAGAUGAAGGAACGAUUGAGGGAUGGUCUAAAGCUGAUCCUACAGCUAUGAAAGUGGUUAAAACAUAUGUGAGGACAAAGAGUGGUAGACUUAUAGAAAAAGUUAUCAUGCUGACAGAGGAUGAGUACAAACAAUUCGUGGAGGCCGGAGGGGAUCCAGAGUUCCUGAAGAAAUUCAUACAGCUGGAGAAAGGCGAGGUCAUUGACUCGUGGGAGAAGGCCUCAACAGUCUACUCAGGAGGGUCUGACCAGGAGAUGAUACAGAAAGCUAAAGUUGGUGAAAGGAUCGUGGGCAAAGAUGGAGCAGUGUAUGAAAUUAUCGUUGAUCCACUCACUGGAAAAAAGUACAAAAAGAAAAUUGAAUCUGACGUAGACAGUGGAAUAGCUUCGAUGCAAAAAGGCAAGAAAGGAAAGAAGGGUAAGGGAGGCAAAGGAGGGGAGUUUGAUUCCGACGACGAGACACCAGAGGAAAGACGAAAAAGAAAAGCUGGAGGUCGUAACGCUGACAGCGCCGGAAGUGCAUUCAGUUACAAAAGUGUUGUAAGCGCAGGUGGAACACGUCACGUCCGGCGUAGGCGUAAACGUGAGGACGGGACAUAUAGCGACAGUGCGUCGUACCACAGCUCUCAGGAUGAGGACGGGCAGGCGCGUAGGCGACGUCGGCGCCGUGAAAGAAAGCAUGGAGCUGAUAGUGCUAACAGUUACUAUAGUGUCGUUAGUGACGGCGGUACACGACACGUUAAACGUCGGCGGAGGCGAGGGGACGGCACAUACAGUCGAAGUGUAUCGUAUCAUAGUUCUGAUAGUGGAAAGGAAGGAGGAAGAUUAGCAGACAAGAAAAAGAAGAAGAGGCGGCAACAUGGGGCAGACAGUGAUUACAGUUAUGAAAGCGAUGUCAGUGCAGGUGGAACGCACACGCGCAAACGGAAGAAGAAAAUCCGAGAUGCCAAGGGGAAUGUGAUAGGUUAUGGUUCCUCUGAGAGUUAUACAAGUGAUGAUGAAAGUGUAUACACAACAGUAUCGGAUGGGAAAGGUGGUAAAAUAAAAGUGAAGAAAGAGAAACCAGGGAGAGGAGGAAAAGGAGGAAAAGGAGGAGGAAAAGGUGGAAAAGGGAAAAAGAAACUUGAGCCAGUUUUUAGCGACUGCACGACUGAUGAUGAUGACGUUGAUUUAGAAAACAUGACAGAGGAAGAAAAGAAAGCCUACUUCAAAGCUAAAGCCGAGAGAGCUGCUGUCCGCGAAAAAAAGAGAAGAGAAAAAUAUGGAGAUAAAUACGACGAGAUGAUGUCCAAACACCAAGAUUUUAAGAAAGCAAAGGCGAAGGAGAAAAUGAAAGCCAAGAGACUCCAGGAACUUAGAGAGCAAGGCCUCAUCAGUCCCUCUUCCGACUGGACUAUCGACUCCGAUACAGGCGAGCCCUUGAGGAAGGCCGAAAAAGCGAAAGUGGAACAAGAAAAGAAACGGAAGAAGCUUCAAGAGUUACGGGAGAAGGGGUUAAUAAGUCCUUCUUCUGAUUGGACCAUUGGAUCUGACGGAGAGCCAGCACGUAUAAGUGACCUCAUCAAACAAGGUAAAAGGAAAGCCGAGGAUUAUAAGAAAGGAGGGAAAGGAAGACGAGGUAAAGGAAAGGACGGCAAUGAUGCUGACGAUGAAAGUGACAGUGAAACGCUACCGGGAGGAAGGCGUGUCUCCAUGCAGAAAAGUAAAUUAGGAGCAGCGGGACGGAGAGGAAGCAAAAACCAAGCAAAGGGAGGUAAAUCUGUCGGAAAAGAAAAGAAACAAGCCCUAAAGGCAGGAAAACGAGGCAAUGAUAGCGACAGUGACUUUAGCUAUAGAAGUGUAGUGAGCGCCGGCGGCACGCGCCAUGUUAGGCGCAAGCGCAAACGCGCCGACGGAACCUACAGCGACAGUGAGUCGUUCCAUAGCAGUCAGGACGAGGAGGGAGAGGCACGUCGGAGAAGAAGGCGUAGAGAUCGCGAACACGGAGCGAAUAGCGCGCAUAGCUACUACAGCGUGGUAAGUGAGGGAGGGACUCGGCAUGUCCGCAGGAGGAAACGUCACGAGGACGGAACAUACAGUGCAAGUGAGUCAUAUCAUAGUUCCGAAAGAGAAGACCCGGAUGAUGAGGACGACGAUGAAGGACAGGGAGAAACGAGUCGUCUGUCUAAAGACAGUGGUAACGACAGUGAUACAGAGGACUCCUCUACCGAUUAUAGUUACGCAAGUGAAACAAGCGAAGGAGGCACACGGUACGAGACUAAGAGGAAGCGGAUACGGGAUGCGGAUGGAAAUAUUGUCGGAUACGGAGACACAAAACCAGCAGGAAAGCCCGGGAGUGACACAGAGUCGGUCAGACCUCGACGAGGCUCUGUUGACGAAAGAGAUAGGGAAAAUCUAAAGAACACGGAAAUAAGUAACGACAAGGCGAAAACAGACAUUGGCGUCCCCGAAUCAAACGAUGAUAUCACAGGAGAGGAAAUAUGGCCAGGAGCAGAGAAGGUGCCAUCAGAGUUUAGCGACGUUACAACAGACGAUGAUGUCGACUUAUCAAAGAUGACGGAAGAGGAAAAGAAAGAAUAUUUUGCGGAAAAGGAAAGAAAGAAACAGGCAAGAGAGAAAAGAAGAAGGGAGAAAUACGGAAGUCGUUACGACGAGAUAUUGAAGAAGAAGGAACAGAAACGUCUGGAACAACUGAUCAAAGAACAGAAGGAGAAGGACGAUCAAGAGCGCUUGGAGAGAGAACUAUCAGACAAAGAACGCCGGCGAUCAUCUUUGAGACGUUCGUCCUUACUUUCUGGUAAACCCAGAGAGCCUCCGAAAAGUAUGGUGACGUAUGAAAAAGGAACACCUAGAGAGUAUGGACCGAAAACGUCGGCUGACAAAAGGGACCACGGCCUUGGACACGAGUCAUGGGGAAAGAAAGACAAGGACGGUAAAAGCAGAAGAGGAAGCGAUAGCAGUAUGAGUGAAGGAUUCAUGCCGAAAUUCAAAAGAGAGACCACAAUGUUACAGAAACUCCCACCGAUACCUCAGGGAAAGCUUUACACAGGAGAUGACGGUUCUGGUCAAAAAGGGAAAAACAGAAAGCCAUCUAUGGUAGAUAAGGAAUCGACAAUGGAUACAGACGAAGCUCAGUUUGAGAUUGUCCGGGACGAAGAUUCAGAAGACAACAAAGAAUCCAAACAGCCGCCACCACCGGAACCAGUUAUUGAGGUCGGGGCUGAUGGAAAGCUUCGGUUGAAGAAGAAAAAGAUAGAUCUUAGUGAGCUGGAUGAUGCCACAUUAAGGAGACUGGGAAUAGAUCCAUCUCUUUCAGCAAUAGAGAUAGCUAAAAAACUGAAAGAAAUGUUUGGAGAUGAUGUGAAGCUGACGAUAGGAGGAGAGGUAAUUGGCACAAAAGGAGUAGACGAAUUUGAUUCGGAUAUGGAUGAUGAUAAGCUGGCGGACCAAGAGGACUUGGACCUUACAACAUUGAAAGGAAAGAGACGGGUGAAUGUGCUUUACAAACGAGGUGGAUCAGCACUGAAGCGCCACCUACAGAGAAUAAUAGACGAGUGUACACUGCUGGAAAGAGCGAAACGAAACUUGGAUGAAAGAGAUUCAAGUAUUGACUUCCUUGCACAUUAUCGACUAGUUGAUCCAACAAAGAUCGACGGGUAUGCCAAAGCGUUUGUCAUAGAGGACGACGACUUCGAUACUGUCAUCAAUAUUAAUGCUUUGCAAAUCGCACUGGAGGGUAUUGAGGCUUUGAGUAAGAUGACUCCAAAACAACGUGAAUACGUCAUCAAGGUCCUCCAUAUUGAUGAGGCGACGGAAGUGACAUUCCGGAUGUUCUCUGUGAUUACGGCGUUGUGUGAGCGUGUGACCAACAUGGACUCUCUUAGUCAACAUCUUCUUGAGAUCUGUAACAUGGCGGACAUAGAACGGAAGAUGGAGCUGUACAAAGCCAUGUUUUAUCAUAAUAUCCCGUCCUACCGGAACAACAACUUCAUCACUUCCGAAUCUCUGAAGAUCGAGAUGAUUGCAGGAGGACUCAACUGGAACCAACAGGACUUUGUCAUGGAAAAGAUGGAACCAAAUAAAUUUGGAGAGAUAUCCUUCCUGGACUACAUGUGCUAUAUCCCACUAUUUCUCUCUCUACACGAUAACAUCUGUGAUAAUCCACUUGACAUGUCAAACAACAAGUACCAAAUGCCUCCGCGGAAGCGUCCCCCUUCUGUACAGAGAGAUAUGAAUCCGCUCGGAAACCCUCUUAAAAAGUCAUCCACUCAUAGGAUGAAAGCAAGGUCUCUAGAAGUCUUUGAAGGGAAAUUUCCAAAGGAGGAAUAUUCCAAUGACUAUUUAGAUAUGCUAAGCAAAUACGCAAGAUUACCGAAUAUAUUCACAAACCCAAACAAAAAAAGACCUGGAUCAGCAUCCAGUAAUAGCGAGUCAGGAUCGUCAACGUACAAUCUCAUUUACUGAGUAAGGGUAAAGAUAACAUUUCUGGAUCUACUGUUUAAAGUGACGGUCACAUACCUUGAUCUACUGAUUAACGGUGAAGGUCACAUUGCUGUAUCUACUGAAUAAAGGUGUAGGUCACAUUCCUGGAUCUACUGAAUACUGGUGAAGGUCACAUUGCUGGAUCUACUGAAUAACGGUGAAGGUCACAUACCUGGAUCUACUGAUUAACGGUGAAGGUCACAUACCUGGAUCUACUGAUUAACGGUGAAGGUCACAUACCUGGAUCUACUGAUUAACGGUGAAGGUCACAUACCUGGAUCUACUGUAUCAAUUGAUGGUCACAUACCUUGAUCUACUGAUUAACGGUGAAGGUCACAUACCUGGAUCUACUGUAUAAAUUGACGGUCACAUACCUUGAUCUACUGCAUAACGGUGAAGGUCACAUUGCUGGAUCUACUGAAUAACGGUAAAGGUGAUAUACAUGGAUCUACUGUAUAAACUGAUGGUCAUAUACCUGGAUCUACUGAAUAAAGGUGAAAAAGGGUUAAAGCCGAAUUACUGGAUUUACUUAUCAAAGGUGAAGGUCGUUAGACUGGAUCGUUUAUAUAUAGGUGAUGGCCGUUUUACUGUUUACGCUUAAUAACUGGAUCCACUGAUUAAAGGUGAAGGCCGUUUGGCUGAAUUUAUUGAAUUACUGGAUUUACCUAUCAAAGGUGAAGGUCGUUAGAGUGGAUCUUUUCUACACAUGUGAAUCUCGUUUGACUGAAUAUACUUAUUACUUGGAUGUACUGAUCAAAGGUGAUGUUCAUUGGACUGGAUCUUCCAUAUAUAGGUGAAGGUCGUUUGACUGAAUGCACUAAAUUACUGGAUUUACUGAUUUAAGGUGAAGGUCGUCGGACUGGAUCUUUUAUGUAAAGGUGAAGGCCGUUCGAAUAAAUUCACCUGGUAGUAUAAAUGGAGCAAUUCAGUGAAGAUGAGUUAUUCUGACACAUAUAAGAGUAUUUCUAAGAAAGGCAUACAAUAUAGCAUGGUCAUAAAAUAUGUGAAUUUUACUACGUAUCCAUACAAAUAUGGAUACACAAAAAUGUGUGCCAAAAUAGUUUCAUAUCUCAUCCAUUUGUGUUCAUAUUAUUAAGGCGUUCCAUAUAAAAACCAUUUGUGUAUUUCGAUUUCAAUAUUCUAUGAAUGCUGUGUUGUCACUUUGAGUAAGUCCUCAUAAACCAUGUUGACCACUUGACCUAUGCACAGUCCACGAGUGUGACAUUGAUUAUGUUUUGUUUUAGUUUGUAUAGAAAGUCUGUGUUACAAAUUGUUAAUUACGGACUCUCGUGUUUCGGCAUCAUCGAUAUGACACUAGCAGUUGUAGAAUAGUAUUGAACGUCAGCACGCAGAAAUAUACUUUUAACGCCUUCUGCAUAUGAAUGUGAUUGAUGCUCAUUGUUUGCAGUUUCUGUUUAAGCUUUGAUUUCUAUUCUUGUAGUGCGCAUUUAUUUUCUAUCCUUUUUGCAGGCACUGUUAGUGUCGGAAACACCAAAUUUUCAGUACAGGAAAUGGGGACUACAUUUUUUUGCGGAAGGUUAACUAAAGUUUCGGUAUAAAGAUAUUUCGUGCACUCGAGGAAGACAGAAAUAUAAGUGUAUUAAACACAAAUUACUGAAGUUUAAAGGUUUUGUUUUAAAUAACGUUAGCAGAUCCAACAGAAUAUUUGCUUAAUGUCUUCAAGUAUCGACUUUGAUGUUCAGCACAAAGACACAAACAUGGCUCACCAAUAUUGUCUUUUCUAUGCCUUUUUUAAAUUCAUAUACUCGAAGGCGUUAAUCAUGCAUUCUCUUUAUACAUAAAUAUGAUUGAAUAUUGUGUAUUUUGUGUGAAAGUGCUAGUCCAUAUAUAUUUUAUGAAUCUUUAACUAAGUCAUAAAUUUACCACCAUAAUUCUGGUAAGUGUGGUAUACAGGUUUAACAUGCUACCACGAUAUUACUAAAUAUUAAAAAAAAAUAUGUAAACUUUAUUUAUUUUAAAACAACUGCGAAAUAAUUUGUAUCAACUUAUAUUAAUCACUCUUGUUGGCCCGGAUUGAAGCGCACAAAGGGUCUUUGUAUGGGAGGAAACCGGAGUACCCAGGAAAAACCCACGUGGUCGGGAAGAUGACCCCUAACCUUUUCAUAUCCGAUCGGGGAAUCGAACCCCGGCCGCCUAGGAGAAAGGCAAGUGUGUUAUCACAGUGCAACCCGACCACUCUUAACAGUUUAGUGUAUAUAUACCAAAAAAAGUUGUUAAUGCAUAUGUAUUUAGUCAUGUAUUUAUUAAAUCAUUCUGAAAGACGU